GACUUGAUUUUGUCCAUCGGGAAUUGAUUGGAUAGUUGUUAUUGCUGCGAUCUUGUGAGUGACAGGUUGGAAAAUUUGAGGUUUAAAGGGUUAGUUCACCCAAAAAUGAAAAUUCUGUCAUUAAUUACUCACCCUCAUGUCGUUCCACACCCGCAAGACCUUCAUUCAUCUUCGGAACACAAAUUACGAUUUUUUUGACAAAAUCUCAGUGAGGCCUCCGUUGACGGCAAGAUGAUUAACACUUUCAGAUGCCCAGAAAGCGAUUAAAGACAUAUUUAAAACUGUUCAUGUGACUACAGUGGUUCAACCUUAAUGUUAUGAAGCAACGAGAAUACUUGUUGUGACUGUAUUCAACAAUAUCUAGUGAUGGGCGGUUACAAAACACUGCUUCGUGAAGCUUCGAAGCUUUACGAAUCUUUUGUUUUGAAUCAGUGAUUCGGAGCGUGUAUAAACUGCCAAAGUCAUAGUGGUGAACCAUUGAAAUUUCGAAACUCUUAUGACAUAACGAAGACUCGUUUCCUGAAAUCACGUGACUUUGGCAUUUUUGAUUAAAGUAUUAAUUUAAUUUUCAUUAAAUAAAAGUGAAAAAAAAAAAAAAAAAAAAAAAAAAUCUUCCGGCCAACAUCCAAUGCAAAAUAAAUGAUCGUGACUACGUAUAACUCCCCCAAAAAGUCUAGAAAAUUGUGAACGUUUCUAUGUAGUCUUCUGACUGAACGUGGAAAUACUGCCCUGUAGUCUUUGAACUGUGUGGUGGUGGUUGUAUUAUGGUGCAUCUGACAGAUGGCGCUCCUGUAGCCGUAAUAAAGACGAGAGUCUUACUAUGGCGAAGGCUCGAAACAUUAAUAUUAAUUACGUUAGGUGACGUUCUCUCAGUAGCCAAGAGUGAUUUGCUAAAUCACUCCUGAAUUACGUGAUUGGACGCUACCGGAAGGUUACCAGGCAACGUCGUUAUGACCUAAUUAAUAUUUAUAAGCUCUGCCUCUGUCAUAGUAGAAUUCGUAAAUUCCCGCUGUGGACGUGUAGAGAAACUGUUGCGCUCCAGUCCUCCACCGUUCCCACCAUUCCGCUUUAUGUUCGCGUACAGAAGUGAAAGGUCGAUCGGUGUCUGAGUUUAGCUGUAUUACAUAAUCAGAGGCAGUUUUGCAGAGCGUUCAAAUAGAAUAAAAGAGUUUAUUAGGUGACAGUUGUUAGAAGGAGAACUUUAUAUACUUGUGAAGAAUUGCUAUCGACAGAUCGUUCUGGGUCGGCAGAAAUACAACAAGGCUGUUUUUCUAUUCCCGUUUUUUUCUCCCACUGAGCCGAGAUACGGUCUGUGAAGAUAAUCAAAGAUGUCAUCUAAGAUGCAAAGCUCUAAUAAUAUAGCCCAGGCCAGAAGGACUGUUCAACAGCUACGGAUAGAAGCUAACAUAGAGAGAAUAAAGGUGUCUAAAGCUUCUGCAGACCUCAUGCAUUACUGCAGCGAACAUGCCAAGUAUGAUCCUCUGCUUAUGGGCAUCCCAGCUUCAGAAAACCCUUUUAAAGAUAAAAAGCCCUGCACUAUAUUGUAGUGGGAUACUUGAACUCUUGAUGUGUGUUUUGAUGUUCCUUUUAUUGUUAUUUUUUUUUAAUAGAGAGAAUAUGAUUCCCUAUU